AUGAGAUAUGGAGAAAACCCUAAACCAACCACGAGUUCGGUUGUUAAACCAGAUGAGAAGAUAUCCUCGAUACUACCUGUGUAUCUAUCAAUCGAAUGGGGGGGAAGAUUGAUUCCGUGGAAACUGGAGCUCAAGAACAAAAGAAGCGUUAGAAUCUCUGUUACCCUCCCCAUCUCUCUCUGUUUUGCCUUACUUUCUAAUUACUUGACGCGUUCCUGUAUCAUUACUGACGGCCAGCAGACUCACGCUACCAAACCAAAGCAAACCACCGGAGAACAUGUGUACUGGAAGAAAAGCAUCCACGAGGCGCUAUCAACCACCCUUUCACCGUUGGGCAACAAUCACAGACAGAGAGAUGUAAGACACCGACGGGAUGGACAAACCUGUAACCAGCCAACCAGCGCGUGGUUUGUUUACAUUUGUGUUUACAUUUGUGUUUGUGUUUUUAUUUUGCAAUCGUGUUAUUGUUGUUGUUAUUGUUGUUGUUGUUCUGUAUAUUUCCCAAAAUUAGCAGCAAUAGUACCAAUGUGGAAAAGAUACACACAUCCAAUCCACUACGACGACGAGGGGCUACGUACGUUAUGGGAAGAGUUUCCAAUCAACUAG